AUGGGUGCUUUUGAAGAAUCCAAGAAUGAUAUGAAUAUCUGGACAUUCAUUUCACAGUCUUUUGCAACCAUUUUCUUAGAUGGGUUUUCUGCUUCUUCACACCUAAUUUUCUUGUUGCUUCUAUCCAUUUCUUGGGCCUUCAAGAGCCGAACGGUGUCUACCCUUCAAAACUCAAAGCAAAUGUUGAAGAAUACAUACUUUUUAUACUAUUGGUUAGUCCUUAUAUCUUGUUUGGGUCUAGCUUUUGGUGAUCUUCUCCUAUGCAUAUUAAACUAUUUGUCUGGGUAUAGACAUGGUUGGUCAAAUCUAAAGUUUGUUUCCCAGUUGGAUUUUUCAUCCAGAACACUCACUUGGUUUGUGAUCUCUGCUUACUUGCAUAUCCAAUUUUCUCAUUCAAGUGAGCACAUGUUUCCCGUUCUACUAAAGAUUUGGUGGCUCUUCUAUUUCUUAAUGUCGUGUUCCUAUCUUGUUAUACGUCUUAGUUUGUAUUGGCAUCAUUCGCCCUUGCCAUUGCAACUAUGGGUCACCAAUUCUGUAUCUUGUAUUGUUGGUUUGUUCUUUUGCUAUGUUGGGUCGUUUUGUAAGGACCAAGAAGAUGAAGAUUUCCAUUUUUUAGAGCCUCUUUUGAAAAUUCAUUCCAAUCGAAGUAAUGGCGAUGAUGAACAAGGAUCAAAUGUCAGUAGAGAGAGUGUAACUCCUUAUGAAAAUGCUAGUCUUCUUAGUAUUUUUACUUUCACUUGGAUGGAACCUUUGCUUGCACUUGGGUAUAAAAAAACAUUGGACCUUGAAGAUAUUCCUCAACUUGCCGAUUAUGAUAGUGCCAAUGUGAUCUUUACUCGUUUUAGAAAUGAAAUUGAAUAUAAUUGUAAUGGCAAUGGCCAUUUUGGUAAGAUAAGCAUACUCAAGCUUGUGAAGAUAUUGAUUCUCUCAUCGUGGAAAGAAAUUCUAUGGACUGGUCUUUUGUCCAUGAUGGCAAAUAGGGUCCGUGUGGCCUUGCUCGCUAUAAUCUAUAAGAAGAGUCUUAGGCUUUCAAGUCAAUCAACACAACACCACACUAGUGGAGAAGACAUUAAUUUGAUAACGGUUGAUGUUGAAAGGACUGGAUUCUUCAGUUGGUACUUGCAUGAUAUAUGGAGGGUGCCUCUUCAAGUUGUUUUAGCAUUGUUGAUCUUAUACAAGAGGUUUGGGCUUGCUUCACUAGUUGCUUUUGUUACUACAAUGAUUUUGAUGUUAGCAAAUUUUCCACUAGGAAAACUACUGGAGAAAUUUCAGAGAAAAAUGAUGGAGUCAAAGGAUCAAAGGAUGAAGGUGACAUCUGAGGCUUUGAGGAAUAUAAAGAUUCUCAAGCUCCAGGGAUGGGAGAUGAAGUUCUUGGCUAAGAUAUUUGAGUUCAGAAACUUAGAAAUAGUAUGGUUAAAAAAAUUACUUUAUACAUCAGCUAUAAAUGGCUUUGUGUAUUUGUCUGCUCCUAUGUUUGUAUCUAUGGUUACUUUUGGGUUUUGUGCUCUCAUGGGAAUUCCACUAGAGUCGGGGAAUAUUCUAUCUGCACUUGCAACAUUUGAGAUAUUACAAGGACCCAUUUACAAUCUCCCAGACACGAUCUCUAUGGUAGUUCAGACUAAAGUUUCCCUCAAUAGGAUAUCUUCAUUCCUUUGUCUCGAUGAUCUUCAUCUGAAUGUGAUACAAACACUUUCAAGUGAUUGUACCGAGGUUGCAGUUGAGAUAAUUAAGGGGAAUUUCUCUUGGGACCUUCAUUCUCCUAAUCUCACAUUAAAAGAUCUUAAUUUCCGAGUUUACCAUGGUAUGAAAGUGGCAAUUUGUGGUUCUGUUGGAUCAGGAAAAUCUAGCCUACUUUCAUGCAUAUUAGGGGAAAUGUCGAAGGUAUCUGGAGUGAUUAAAUUAAAUGGGAAAAAGGCCUAUGUUGCACGAACACCUUGGAUACAAAGUGGCAAGAUAGUAGACAAUAUAUUGUUUGGAAAGAAAAUGGAUGACGAUAGAUAUAAGAUGAUCCUUGAAGCAUGUUCAUUAAAGAAGGACCUAGAAUUUUUGGCAUUUGGGGACCAGACUAUCAUAGGGGACAGCGGAGUCAACCUAAGUGGUGGGCAAAAGCAAAGAAUUCAACUUGCACGUGCUUUGUACCAUGAUGCUGAUAUUUAUCUACUUGAUGAUCCUUUUAGUGCUGUGGAUGCUCAUACAGGAACUUAUCUAUUUAAGGAAUGUUUGCUGGGACUUUUGGGUUCAAAAACAGUAGUUUAUGUUACCCACCAAAUAGAGUUUUUACCUUCUGCUGAUCUUAUUCUGGUUAUGAGAGAUGGAAAGAUUACUCAAGUAGGAAAAUAUGAAGAAAUUAUUAGUUCAGGAACUGACUUUAUGGAUUUAGUGGGUUCACAUAAGAAAGCUUUGGCGGAACUUAAUUAUGUCGAAUCUGGGUCUGCUUUAGAUAAAUUAGGUAACAAGAAGGAAGACGAUAGUAAUAUAUGUAGUGAGAAGUUUAUUCAAGAUGAUGAGGAAAGGGAACCCAAAAACUACAAAAUAGAAAAUCAGGUUGGGCCAGAAAGGCCAAAAGGGCAGCUUGUCCAAGAGGAAAAGAGAAAAAAGGGUGGAGUUAGUCUUUCAUUCUACUGGAAGUAUGUUACUAUUGCAUACAAAGGGGCUUUUGUACCAUUGAUAUUGUUGGCAGAAAUUUUGUUUCAGCUUCUCCAAAUAAUUAGUAGUUAUUGGAUGGUGUUGAUUACUCCCAUUUCAGAGGAUGCGAAACAUCAUGUUAAAGAAUCCACUAUCAUCUUUAUUUAUAUUAUUCUGACCAUUGGAAGCUCUCUUUGUAUACUUAUAAGGUCUAUGCUUAUUGUAAAUGCUGGAUACAAAACAUCUAGUUUACUCUUUAACAAAAUGCAUUUGUGUAUUUUUCGUGCUUCUUUGCCAUUUUUUGAUUCGACUCCAAGCGGAAGGAUUCUAAAUCGGGCAUCCAGAGAUCAAAGUGCAAUUGACAUCUCUAUUCCACAUCAAUUUGAAGAACUUCUUAUCUCGAUCAUACGAUUAUUGAGAACUAUUGCAGUAAUGUCACAAGUUUCAUGGAAAAUGUUAAUAGUUUUUAUUCCAAUGUCAGUGGCAUGCAUCUGGUACCAGCAAUACUAUACAUCUACAGCACGAGAACUAUCACGUUUAGUUGGAGUAUGCCAAGCUCCAAUUACACAACAUUUUUCUGAAUCUCGUUUAGGCUUAACCACAAUCAGGUGCUUCAAUCAAGAAGAGAGGUUUAUGGAUACAAACCUCAAGUUGGUGGAUGGCUAUUUUCGGCCCAUUUUUCAUCUCUAUGGUGCAAUGGAGUGGUUAUGCUUCCGGAUGGAUAUGUUGGCUUCCAUCACAUAUGUCUUAUCUUUAGUUUCUUUGAUCUUAAUGUUGAACGGAGUACUUAAACCGGGUGUUAUGGGUUUAGCAGUCACAUAUGGACUUGGUUUCAGCAUGCAUGGAGUCAUAUGGGACCUUAGCAGUCUUGAGAAUAAAAUCAUAUCCGUUGAGAGAAUACUACAAUACACAUGUAUCCCUAAUGAAUCUCCUCUAUUAGUAGAAGAAGAUAAGCCAGAUCAUGAAUGGCCAUCACAUGGGAAAGUUGAUAUUGUUAAUUUGCAGGUCCGGUAUGCCCCACACCUUCCUAUUGUUUUGCGAGGUCUCACAUGCACUUUCCUUGGAGGAAAGAAGAUUGGCAUCGUUGGGAGAACGGGAAGUGGUAAAUCAACACUCGUGCAAGCUCUUUUCCGUACGCUUGAACCUAUAACUGGUCAUAUUUGUAUAGAUGGUAUCAACAUCUCUAGAAUUGGCCUUCAUAACUUACGUUCAAGAUUAAGCAUCAUCCCACAAGAACCAACAAUGUUUGAGGGGACUCUCAGAAGCAAUCUUGAUCCACUUGAAGAGUACACUGAUGAAAAGAUCUGGGAGGCUUUAGACAAGUGCCAACUUGGUGAUGAAGUUAGAAAGAAGGACGGGAAGCUUGAUUUUACCGCUACAGCAUCAGUGGAUACUAACACUGAUAAUCAAAUUCAGCAAACACUUAGGCAACACUUCUCAGGGUCUACUAUCCUCAUAAUUGCACAUAGGAUAACAUCAAUUCUUGAUGUUGAUAUGGUCCUCCUCCUCGACAAUGGCCUCAUAAUGGAGUAUGAUUCCCCAACCAACUUGCUAGAAAAUAAAUCUUCAUUAUUUUCGAAGCUUGUUAAGGAGUACACUCGAAGAUGUAGUUCCUAA